AUGUACUAUGACCUUGAUGACAUCCUAGCGGACGCCCAAAAAGUGUCAUGCCGUUUCAAUGAAAAUGUUCCCGGUCUAGGGUACCUUGAGGGUAACCCUCGAGGCGACAUGGAGGCGGGAACGAAGAUUGAUCUUCCCUUUUGGUUGGCGUCAGUGCUCAAUCUCGUGCCAGCAAACGAUGAAAAUACCCACACGUUCCUCGAAAUUGACAAUCCCGAGUUUGUCAAUAUGAAAGUGAUCAACGCCAUCAAGACGCUGCCGACGCUGGUGGAUCUCCAUCGCAUCGCCGCCCACUACUACGCGCUUAUCAUCAAGUAUUGUGAAAUGUACAGGGAUGAGCAACUUGUGGCGACGGUGAUGGAUAUGUUGAGAGUCCGUGCUAUUGAAAUCAAUAACUUUGCCUUUAACGCCAACCGUCAGGUGCAUAAUGACUUCCUACAUCAAUUAGAUGAAUGGGAGAAAAGUCUAUACAAGAUCACCCUGCUCUCCAAUAAAGAGAUGCGAUCUUGGCAAAUGCAGUAA